CCAAGUGAAGUGUGGAGUGUUGACUUCAUCGUUCAGGGGAGGGGCUGGUCUAUUGCCCGGCACUUUCUGAAUUGGCAUCUCUCUUUUCCCUUCAUGCAACUGUCACUCUUGCCAUUCAUUCUCGACCGCGACCGUCAGCUUAUAAUGUAGAAAACCACGAGGGGAAUUGCGAGCUGAGAAUCCUGCCUGUAAACUGCCCCACGAUUCGAAGAAUACUCUUACAGUCCUCGGACCGUGUAGAAGUCGUCAAAAGUUAGAACCGUCGUUGAGUUUCUUCAGGCGUCGUAGGGAAGUAAACGAAGAUCGAUUUGUGAGUUGGUGGGAUUGGAAGAACGUCCGUCGGGUGCAAUGAAAUUACGCGUCAACUCUGGAAGAAUACAUCUCUGGCUUCACAUAUAGAACACAUUCCUCCCUCACCCUCGGAGCCGGCCUCAGUCUAUCCUUUUCUGCUAUGUGCACGAGGCUCGGAGUCGGCCUUGAGAUUGCUUGAUGGGACCUUCUUCUUCGUCUCUUCCAACAUCGACUUCCGACAGCAAGUUUGAGGAUAAGAAACUAAAUGAUCAUGUGUACGAAAUUAGAGCUCCGCAGUCUCCCGAUGCGGAGAUAGUAUUCUUCCACGGUCUUCCGAUAGAUUUGUCGGAUGCAACAAAUGCUUUUUGGAAAACGUGGACGCAGAGGGUCAGAAAAAACUCAAAGGAAAAGGGUGAGUUGGGUGAGUGGUCACCCUCUGACAACUUCUGGCCGGAUACAAUGCUUCCGGCAUAUGUAAACGAAGGAAACACGGGUAAGCCUAUCAACCUUCGCGUGCUCGCCGUGACGUAUGACAGCAGGCCAAAAUUACCGUCGGACAUCGGAGUUGCAGGGGCUGAUGAUUAUAUUCUGUCGGAAAAUCUCGUCAGUGAUUUGAUUUUGAAUCCCAGAGUUCGUGUAGCUGGUGUGGGUCAACAAUCCGAUGUUCCGGUGUUUUUGGUCGGCCACGAUCUGGGGGGGAUCAUGAUAAAGCAUUUGAUACUUUGCGUGGAACGAAAGUGUAGUGUAGAUGCGGGCGAUGCGAAAGAGAAACUCACCAAGUUCCUCACGAAUCUGACGUCAGUGUUUUUCUACUCCACACCCCACCAUGGGUCAGCCCCCAUCGAAAGACUGAUGAACGAGAUACCGCCUGACAACAAGAGUCCUCUCCUUACAUUCAUGAAAGUGCUGGGUAAGGAAAUGGCCAGGGUGAAUCAAAGGUUUCUCCAGUACCGAGGAGGAAAAGAGAGUAAUGGCGGACGAAGGUUCGGGACGUUUGCCUUAAAUGCAGCUUGUCCCACCACACAGGGCAUUUUCGUGGAGGAGCAAAUCUGUCCAGAGGGAAGUGCAAGAAUUGAUAUCGACAUCUAUUACACUGUUCCAGAAGCCAAUCAUUAUCAAGUGUGCCAACCCAAGGCUAUGCACAACAAUAGCAUAGGGAUGCUUGGUUCGAACAUCGCCGAGGUCGUGGAUAAAAUCAGGGAAAGAGCUGCAGCCAAAGAUCUAAACAUCAGCCAAAGAUAUGAAAGUUUGAAAUUAUUUUUAGAGGGAAACAAUCAAAACAGGCCCCGAAUAGAACCUGGAGCUCGAGGAUAGCUGUUGGUGUAAGCAUAGCAUAGUCUACGGGGGCAGGGAACAAUUUUCUCAGCUUCCAUACAUUGGUUCUCUGCAAGAGAUCUUGAAGAGAGAUGAAUAUAGGAGAGCAUCAAGAAGGGAAUAAGAACCUUCUGUCGGUCGUUGGAUGGUAGGAAAGUGUACAAAUUUGCAUUGUUGGGAAGAAAUUGAAAUACAGAUGUAACGAAUUCGAAGAUCUAUCUACAGCUCG